AUGAGGCCCUACGGCGGUCGUUUUACAAAUGGUGAUGGUCAGAAUUUGGUUACCGAAGACGUGACGGUGGUGGAGGGAGACGUCGCCACCAUCAGCUGCCGAGUCAAGAACAGCGACGACUCGGUGAUUCAGCUCCUGAAUCCCAACAGGCAAACCAUUUAUUUCAGAGAUUUCAGACCGCUGAAGGACAGCAGGUUCCAGCUGGUGAACUUCUCCAACAGCGAGCUCCGAGUGUCCUUGACAAACGUCUCCAUUUCUGACGAAGGAAGGUACUUCUGCCAGCUCUACACUGAUCCCCCCCAGGAAAUCUAUACCACCAUUACAGUGCUGGUCCCGCCACGCAAUUUGGUAAUUGAUAUCCAGAAAGAAAUCGCCACUGAGGGAGAAGAGAUUGAGCUGAACUGCACUGCCAUGGCCAGCAGACCAGCCACCACCAUCAGAUGGUUCAAAGGAAACAAGGAGCUAACCGGCAAGUCGGAGGUGGAGCAGUGGUCCGACAUGUACACGGUGACCAGUCAGCUGGUGCUGAAGGUGGGACGGGAGGAUGACGGGGUCCCUGUCAUCUGCUUGGUGGAUCACCCUGCUGUCAAAGACUUGCAGACACAGCGUUACCUAGAAGUCAUGUAUAAGCCUCAAGUGCGGGUUUCGCAGAAUUACCCGGUGCAAGGCCUCACGAGAGAAGGGGAGCCGCUUGAACUGACGUGCGCAGCUUUUGGAAAGCCACAGCCUACGGACAUGAGGUGGUUAAGAGUAGAUGAUGAGAUGCCUCAACACGUUGUAGUGUCUGGUUCAAACCUUCUCAUUAGUAACCUAAACAAAACAGAUAAUGGUACAUACCGCUGUGAGGCUUCAAACGCGGUGGGGAAAUCACAUGCGGAUUACAUGCUGUUUGUAUACGAUCCCCCCACAACUAUCCCUCCUCCCACAACAACCACCACCACUACCACCACCAUCCCUACCACCAUCACAGACACAACGGCGACGACAGAACCGGCAGUUCACGGCUUUACUCAGUUGCCCAAUUCGGCAGAGGAGCUGGACUAUGGGGAUCUCUCAGGUACUCCUGUCCUGCUAAGCGCUUCAACGGAGGCUCUGCCAACUGUGCGAUUAAGUAAUGCAUCCCUUGCCUUCCGUCCAGAUUCUCGUGCAGGUGAGGAAGGGGCAAUACGGAGCGUGGACCACGCGGUGGUUGGUGGCGUCGUGGCCGUGGUCGUGUUCGCGAUGCUUUGCCUGCUCAUCAUUUUAGGGCGAUAUUUUGCCAGACAUAAAGGUACAUACUUCACUCACGAAGCCAAAGGAGCAGAUGAUGCGGCCGACGCAGACACAGCCAUCAUCAAUGCAGAAGGAGGACAAAACAACUCCGAAGAAAAGAAAGAGUACUUCAUCUAG